AUGUCAUCGGUUCGCUCUUCCGUUGACGCCGGAUACCUUUGGCUCGGCCUGUACUUUAUCUUGAAUUUGUCCCUUACCCUUUACAACAAAGCCAUUCUUCUGGGCUUCCGCUACCCUUGGACACUCACCGCUAUUCAUACCCUUUGCGGUUCGAUCGGAUGCUAUCUCCUGUAUAUUUUUGGCUUCUUUGUGCCUGCCACGCUCGGUCGCAAUGAGAACAUGGUCAUGCUCAUGUUCUCAGUUUUGUACACUAUCAAUAUCGCCAUUAGCAAUGUCUCAUUAAAUCUCGUAUCCGUUGCAUUCCAUCAAGUGGUGCGCGCUAUGACACCAGUUUUCACCGUGCUCAUUUCCCUCAUGUUUUUGCAAAAAUCAUAUUCACGCAUGAUCUAUUGGUCGCUGUGUCCUGUGGUACUGGGCGUAGCGUUUGCCACCGCGGGUGAAUAUGAUUACACCAUGAUGGGCUUCCUAUUGACUGUGCUUGGCACCGCUCUGGCAGCUGUGAAGACCAUUGUAACCAAUCGUGUCCAAGUUGGUCGUUUGAAGCUUCAUCCUUUAGAUCUGCUUUUCCGCAUGUCUCCGCUCGCUUUUGUUCAAUGCCUUUGUUAUGCAUAUUUCACCGGCGAACUGGCAGAAGUACAAGAAUUCUCGGCAACAAACAUGACCAAACAGCUUGCUGUAGGACUCUUGUUCAAUGGUAUCCUGGCAUUUGCUCUCAACAUUGUCAGUUUCACUGCCAACAAAAAGACAAGCGCUCUCACCAUGACAGUAGCUGGAAAUGUGAAGCAGGUGUUGUCCAUUAUCCUGGCUGUCAUGAUUUUCAAGCUGAAUAUCAACGCCACCAACGCUUUUGGUAUUCUCUUAACAUUGGCUGGUGGUGCCUGGUAUGGGAAAGUUGAACUUUCGGAAAAAGCCGCCAAGGCUGCCAUGUUGCCUACAUAUAACCCACUUUCUACCGAACAGCACGAACCACUACAGGAAAUGUCAUCCGAGAAAAAAUAA